AUGCUCCAUCCAUCAUCUGAAAACUCACUUGCUGGCAAGACCUGCCUGGUCACCGGUGGAGCUGGCGGGCUGGGCAAGGCCAUUGCGUCUACUUUCCUCGCGGCUGGUGCAAACGUGGUGAUCUGCGAUGUCAACAAGGACCGACUACAGCAGACUUCCUCAGAACUGGGGGAAACCGGUCGAUUGAGAACUGUCAAGGUGGACAUAACCUCCGCGAGCGCCGUGCAAGCUCUCUCUGAUGAGAUCGUCGCGGACUUUGGGAAGCUCGACAUCUUGGUCAACAAUGCUGGGAUCAUGGACAGGUUUGAUCCCGUGGGAGAUCUCGAUGAGGCACUGUGGGAUAAGGUGAUUGGCGUGAACCUCACGGCGCCUUUUCUACUUAGCAAACUAGCUGUGCGGAAUAUGUUGGCGCAGCCUACCCCUGAUGGAUGUAUCAUCAACAUCGUCUCUGUAGCCGGUAAGGCCGGCUGGGCAGCGGGCGCAGCAUACACAGCGAGCAAGCACGGUCUUGUCGGAUUGACCAAGAACACGGCCGCCUUCUACGGUAACAAGGGCAUCCGGUGCAACGGGCUGCUGCUGGGCGGCAUGGACACUAACAUCACCGACGCCUUCCAAGCCGGCUUCAACAAGGAGGGCCAAGACAAAGCCCUCGAGAUCGGAACUGCCGUCAAAGCGCGCCUGUGCGAGAUCGACGAUGUAGCCGACAUGUGCCUGUUUCUGGCCUGCGGCAAGGGCUCGAAACUGAUCAACGGCGCCCUCAUCCCGGCGGACAAUGGCUGGACGGGUGUUCUGGGAUGA